AUGGCUUCCUUCAAGUACCACGCGGUUCCUGGUUUUGGUGAAGAGUGCCGCGAGAAAUACGGAUUUAGCGAUGCCUGCAUCAUCGGCAAUCGGCUGGUCGUCACCGGGCAGAGGAAACUUCCCCCCAAGAUCGAACAACAAAUUGCGCAGGCCUUCAAAAAUAUCAAUGACCUGAUCAUCCACACUCUGACCCAAGAAGGCCAUGCGCUUGAGGUGGGUCGCACUGGCUGGGAUUACGUGGUUAAGCUGCGCGCGUUCUUCGUGGGAUUGUCCGGAAUGCGCGUGGAAGCGCGGGAAAAUAUGGUCAAAUUUAUCAAGAAGUGGUGUCCUCGCCACCAGCCGUUGUUCACCAUGGUUGGAAUCGAAAGCCUGCCCUUCCCCGAGCAUCUUGUGGAGUUUGAAGUUGAUGUAUGGAUUCCUUGA